UUGACGCAUAGUAAAAGAAAAAAGUUGUGUAGAUGUAAGCUCUGUGAAAAUUAAUAAAUUUUAUUGAAAAAGUAAAUAAUUUCACUAGAAAUUUGUUUAAUAAGUUGCAACUAGUUUUAUACUAUAACAAUUAAAUGAAAUUUUUGUAAAAGAAGGAAAACAAGUAAGAAAAAACAAUAAAAACACUGUAUACAAAACGAAAAAAUAAUCAUUAGAAACGACGAAAAGCCGCAUUUGUGUGUUACGGGUUGUUUGCAAUAUCUUUUUUUGUUUGUGAAAUUGUAUAUAUAACCGAUUGAUUAUUGUAAGCGAAGCAACAAAAAAGGAAAUCAAUGAAAAUCAUGGCUGAUUUAGAUGCUGUACAUUUGGGUUUAGAUGAAAAUGAGGCAGACAUUGCUGAGGAACUGCAACAUUUUGACGAUUCUUUUGACACUCGUAGCGAAGCCUCCGAGUCUGGUUCAGAGUCGUCUGACUCUCAGCCUAGCAUAAGUUCGGUUAGUACCACGCAGUCGAAUAAAUCGAAAGAGAAGAGAAAAAUUAAAAAAACCGACAAGUCUUCAAAGGACUCCAGCACCAACAAGAAGUCUGCACUAAAACGUUCAAGCUCAAGUUCUAAGGAUAAUGCAGCAGCUGUUAAUGGCAAGUCAUCUUCUUCUAAAAAGAAAAAAUCAGAAUCGAGUAAAACUGCUGAUACUUCCACUGAUUCGCUGGAAAAUAAAAAGAGUGAAACAACAGCUAAUGAAUCUAAAUCAUCACGCAAAAAGUCCAUUGACAAUGCACAAACUUCUUCCUCUAACAAUGCCAAUGUUAGUGGCAGUGCCAAAAGUGAGGCCAGCGAUGACGAAGCCGUCAAACCGAAAAACUCUACUCCGUUUGAUAGCGAUUCCGAAUCAGAGGAUUCUGACUCAGCGGCAAAUAUAAAACGUAAUGGUCGCAAAAAUACCUCGAAAAGUGCUUCGCCCGAAAAGAAAACUGUUUCCUCUAGUGGUGGAAGUAAAAGUGUCUCUUCGUAUGAUUAUAAAACAAAAUUAAAUUAUUUAUUUCGUGAUACACGUUUCUUCCUAAUCAAAUCGAAUAAUGCAGACAAUGUGGCUAUAGCGAAGAGUAAAAGUGUCUGGGCCACUUUACCACAAAAUGAUGCCAAUUUGAAUCAGGCUUUCAAGGAGGCUCGUAAUGUUUUACUUAUCUAUUCCGUUAAUGAGAGCGGAAAAUUUGCUGGCUUUGCCCGCAUGAGCGCCCAAUCACGUCGUGAUUUAACCCAACCACCAUGGGUUUUACCUCCAAGCAUCUCAGCUAAAGCAUUGGGUGGUGUUAUCGAAAUAGACUGGAUUUGUCGCAAAGAGCUAUCGUUCAACUGUACCUCCCAUUUGUACAAUUCAUGGAAUGAAGGUAAACCGGUAAAAAUUGGUCGUGAUGGUCAAGAGAUUGAACCUAAGGUGGGUGCGGAGUUAUGUCGUCUUUUUCCGGAAGACGAGAAAAUCGAAUUGACACCCAUUUUAAGGAAAUCAAAGGAAACUGCAAAAGUAAUGAGGGAGAAGGGCAUACGUGUGAUUUAUAAACCACCAAAAAGUCUAUCAUCACGUGGCGGCGUAGGAGGUGGCCGUGGAAAUCAUCAUUAUCGUAGUGGUGGUGGCGGUGAUCGUCGUGAGGGUGGUGGUCCUAUGCGUCAUAAAAGAUCUUAUGGCGGUCCUCAUCGCCCUUACAAAUUACCACAUAUGGGUCAUCCGGGCUCAAGUUAUAAACGUGGUGGUUCACCCUUUGGUCGUGGUGGUCCGAUGGGCGGUGGCAGCGGUGGCUCGAGAGCAGGUGGUGGUGAUUCUUCUUUACCUCCUUGGGAAAGGUAUAUGACACCAACAGCUGCUGCCGAGGCCUACUUAGCAGACUAUAUGCGUACUAUGCAUGGUCAGCUGCCGCCACUGCCUUUUGUACCACCAUUCGGUCAAAUACCACCUCCAACGGCUGGCGGUACUGCUGUACCACCUCCUGGCUUGCCAGGCUCCAUUUAUGAACAAUUGCCGCCACCAGCUAGAUAUUACGAUGGUCCUCCAUUGCCCGACUAUCCUCCACCCCAGCCUAUGCGUCCUCCACCACCAGGUUAUGAUAAGAAUGCUCCUUCAUUCGAAGAUUUCGCAGCUUGGAAGCAUGCUGGUCUACCUACCGGUAGUUUGCCACCCGGCUUCCCACCCAAUAUGUCUGGUGGUGCUGGUAAUGGUGGUGGUAGUUCCGCUGCAGGAGGUGGUAGCGGCAGCAGUGCUGCCGGCGGGCUUGGCGGCAACAACAACUCCAACUAUCGCGGAAACCGCAACAGCAACUCCAGCUCUAACUCAAAUGCGAAUCGUUCGCGUGAUCGUGCAGGUCGUGCUAAUGACUACCAUCAUCGUGGUGGUGGCAGUGCGGGCGGUUCAUCACGUAGUGGAGGCAGUGGUAGUGGUGGUGGUGGCGAUCGUGAUCGUCACUUCCGUGGCGGUAAUGAACGUAAUAGUGGACGUAAUUAUCGAGAUAAUCGUCGUUAAGUGUUUAAACAUCUAUCGCUUCAUUGCUAUCUCUUUAAUUUUUUCUAAUUUUUAUAAAAUUAUCGAAUCGUAUGCAAUUUUUGUGUUUUCACUGAAAAUCGCCAAGUGUAAUAACUUAAAAAGAACAUGCCUCAAAAUAAUAAAUCAACCAACCAACCAUUACACACCUCCACUCCACUCAACUCUACUCUAUGCAACGUAGUGUUUUUUUUUAUUUGAAAAUAUUUAAAAAAGGUGUUAAACAAAAAUGAAAAGGAAAAAAGUAUUCUCAACUUUUUAAAAGUGUUUUAAAAUCGUUUUAA